GUUGGGUAAGGGGCGGGACUAGGGCUGAGGGGAGAGAAUUUGGUCGUUGCAGCGGGCGUGCGCAGCGGCUGUGAGAAAGUCGGAAACAAGCUCAUAUCUCCCUGUUGGAAACCUGCUGGUGACAGAAUGAGUCUGCAGUGGACUGCGGUUGCCACCUUCCUCUAUGCAGAGGUCUUUGCCGUGUUGCUUCUCUGCAUUCCUUUCAUUUCUCCAAAAAGAUGGCAGAAGAUUUUCAAGUCCCGCCUUGUGGAGUUAGUAGUGACCUAUGGCAACACCUUCUUUGUGGUUCUCAUCGUCAUCCUUGUGCUGCUGGUUAUUGAUGCUGUACGGGAGAUUCGGAAGUAUGAUGAUGUUACUGAAAAGGUGAACCUGCAGAACAAUCCUGGGGCCAUGGAACAUUUCCACAUGAAACUUUUUCGUGCCCAGAGAAAUCUCUACAUUGCUGGCUUUUCCUUGCUGCUGUCCUUCCUGCUUAGACGCCUGGUGACUCUCAUCUCCCAGCAGGCCACACUGCUGGCCUCCAAUGAAGCCUUUAAAAAGCAGGCAGAGAGUGCUAGUGAGGCUGCCAAGAAGUACAUGGAGGAGAAUGACCAGCUAAAGAAGGGAAUUACUGUAGAUGGAGGCAAGUUGGAUGUUGGGGAUGUUGAGGCAAAAUUGGAGGAAGAGAACAAGAACCUGAAGGCUGAUGUGAAGAGGCUAAAGGAUGAAUUGGACAGCACCAAACAAAAGCUAGAGAAAGCUGAGAAUGAAGCUCUGGCCAUGAAGAAGCAGUCUGAGGGCCUCAUCAAGGAGUAUGAUCGCCUGCUGGAAAUGCACGCCACGCUUCAGGCCUCGGUUGAUGGUCCUACAGACAAGAAGGAGGAGUGAGGGACUGCCUCCUUCCCUGCCUGCAACCAGCUUCCACUUGGCCUGUGCUUGCUGUCCUGGAGGCCAAUUCUUUCCCUUGAUUUUUCAGUUCACUCCCCCCCAUCCCCUUCCUUAGCUUGUUAGCUCAUCAUCUUGGCUCUUUUCCACUCUACCAGCAUAGCACAGGGGGACCUGGUUGUCACUAAUUUGCCAUUGUUCUGCCUGACUGGGCCACUUCCACUCCUUUGAGUAUGGCACUUGUGACCUGGCCAGUGUCAGAGCAUCUUUUGUUUUACAAUGUUGACAUGUUCUCUUGUCCUGCAGGAGGCCUGUGAAGCAGGCUGACUUAUUUCUUCUGCAGGCAAUAAAAGUUAUAAUGCAUA